ACGUUCUAUUAAAUCAUGGAAGGUGAUAAUGUCCAACAUGACCACUUACGAGGAUGCAAAACGAGAGAAACUGGUACUACUUGUCUAUUCACGGAAAAUAAUACAGCAGUUGACAAUGCCAUAUAUGUACGUGUACUCCAGAAGAUAGGUUCGACAAGGAAAGAGACGGAGGCCAGAGUGGUGGUGGAUGCGGCUAACCGUGAGCCACACUAUAAAUACGUCAGCAGCAGCGGAGGCGAGAAGAAGAAGAUGGAGAGCGUGGACGCGGAGGAAGCGUGCGCCUUGCUGAGCUCCGGGCAGUACCAGUACGUGGACGUGAGGAUGUGGGAGGACUUCGACAAGGGCCACGUCGCCGGCGCCCGCAACGUCCCCUACUACCUCUCCGUGACUCCCCAUGGCAAGGAGAAGAACCCGGACUUCGUCGCCCAGGUCGCCGCGCUCCACGCCAAGGACGACCUCUUCCUCGUGGGUUGCCGGUCGGGAGUAAGAUCCAAGCUCGCCACCGCAGACCUUGUUAACGCGGGAUUCAAGAAUGUGAAGAACCUGGAAGGUGGCUACCUUUCCUUGCUCCGAAGUGCCGAUCCGCAACCACCUCAUCAGUAACCCGGCCCACCACUGACUAAUUAAGCUCCUUAGUUAUACGAAUAAUUUUGGGAUCUGUAAAUCGUCGAUUGUCUCAAGAAGAAAAAGAAAAGAAGGAAGAGAUCGGUCUCCCUUCAGAUGGAAGCGAGAAAUUUCGAGAAAAUGGAAGUGGUAUUGUAUUUCUUUCUACUCCGUAGAAAAAUCAUGAUUCUCUUUUCGAGAGUUCAGUAAGGCCCAAUGUGUGAUCUAUGAUGUGAGUAAUCAUGAUAAAUGAGACUGGUGACUGACGCAA